CACUGCUGAGUCCGUACCGUCAUCACCUAUGCCCUCCGCCCGCUAUACGUCGCUUUUGAGCGGCCUGCCCAGGAGGAUACCACCAUGGAGCCAGAUACAGCUGUCGCACCGACUGAUGGGAGGAGCGAUCCUCGUGUUGAUGCUUCUUGUCUUGUUUCUCGGACACGAACGGUAUGAGCACUCGGGCUAUAGGCCACCGCCGUAUGGAGGAGAUCGGCCCCCACCGCCUCAUGGGCCCAGUAGACCUGUCCCGGGAACAACGCUCUCCCUUGCAGAGCGGAUCGCACUCAGCGAGAACCUGUACCAAGUCGUACUGGACGAUCGGCACGAAUUCAUCAACAGCCUUGGCGGACCGUCACACAUAGCGGCGUCUGGAGGCAGCUACUGGGUGCUGUGGGACUUCUUCCUGCCCUCUUUCGACUGUCAACAUUAUGUGGAACGGAUUGGACGACUGGGCGAUGGCGGAAAGUGGAUCUGCGGCAUGGAUCUGAUCGCGGACAAAGCGAGCCCUGUGAUCUACAGCUUUGGUGUGUCGGAUGACUCGUCGUUCGAGGCUGCGCUGCUUGAACGUGCCCCUCGUGCCCAGGUCUACGGGUACGACUACAGCGUCAACUCUUGGGGACCUCAGAUCGAGAACAACCCUGAGCUGAAAGGGCGUGCUCAUUUUCACAAAUGGGCUGUGGGACCUAAGGAUUCCCAUGGUCCGGAGGCCGAUCCGAACUUCCAGGUCUACACGCUCGACACGCUCAUGAAGCUGAACGAACACACCUGGAUCGAUAUCUUGAAGAUUGACGUCGAAGGUGCCGAGUUCGACGUGCUCCGUGGUUUCUGCAACUAUUAUAUGGAGCGUGGUCUUCCCCUGCCCUUUGGCCAGCUUCAGGUCGAAAUCCACGCCUGGGACUCCAAGAUGAGCUUCGCGACGUUCCUUGAGUGGUUCGAGCUGCUCGAGAGUGCCGGUCUCCGUCCGUUCCGCGCUGAGCCAAAUCUGGUCUACGUCAAUAUACUCAACGCCAAAGCUACGCUUUCUGAGUACGCGUUUGUGAAUAUCCGGGGUGGGCAUGAGUUGAUCACUGACGCAUAACCCGGGCUUUGUCAUUGGUUACGGCAUUUAUGUUUUCCGUUUCGACAGCAUAGCAGAAUACACUUGUAGUCUACCAAACCUUGGAUACAUCAUAGCGAGCACUGGAAUGGGAAUAUUCCGAUAUAUGUAUAAUGACAGGUGAAAUGUGCUGGCUCUCAGGCCGAAUUUGUUUUCUGGCUGAAC